GUAAAAGAAGCAAAGAUCAGUUUGCAGUACUUCUGAAUAACAACUGAAAGACACAUCUGAUGAAGUUCCUGAUCUUGAGAUGAACAGACAAAGAAGAAAAACAGAGAACCAGAACAAGGCUGGAGAGAGAGGACAGUGGGCCAGUAAAACAGAAUAUUUGCUGGUCGUUGCAGGAAAUGUGGUCGGCCUGGGCAACGUGUGGAGAUUUCCUUACCUCUGCUACAAGAAUGGUGGAGGGGCCUUUCUGGUGCCAUAUGGUCUGCUAGCUGUGGUGUGUGGGAUACCUCUGUUCCUACUGGAGAGCUCAGUUGGUCAGUACACCCAGGAAGGAUUCGUCACCUGUUGGAGGAAGGUGUGUCCACUUGCACAAGGAAUUGGAUAUGGACAAUUGGUGAUAAAACUUUACGACUUCAGCUUCAUAUUAAUACAAGUCUGGGCUCUCUUCUACUUGGUGUUCUCAUUUGGAGCCCAUGUGCCCUGGGCCACCUGUGACAACACCUGGAAUACAGCGAACUGUAUGAGUCCUAACAUUUUGGAUUCCCCCUCAUUAAAUCUGACCGCAAAUCUCACCAUGCCGAAAAACAUCACCUCUGCUGCUACUGAGUUCUGGGAACGGCGGGUGCUGGGCAUGUCUGGAGGCAUUGAGGAGCUGGGCAGUGUGAGAUGGGAGCUGGCUUUGUGUCUUCUGGCCUGCUGGGUGUUCUGCUACUUCAGCAUCUGGAAAGGAGUCAGAUCUUCUGGAAAGGUAGUGUACUUCACUGCCACGUUCCCCUAUCUGAUGCUUCUGAUACUGCUCGUCCGGGGUUUUACUCUACCUGGAGCUUGGGAUGGGAUCUACUACUACCUGUAUCCAAACUUGAACCGCCUGGCUAGCCUUCAGGUCUGGAUAGAGGCAGGAUCUCAAAUAUGCUUCUCCUACAGUCUGACCGCAGGGACUCUGAAUGUACUGGGCAGCUAUAAUGACUACAACAACAACUGUUAUACGGACUGCUUCUGGCUCUGUCUACUGAACAGUGGGACCAGUUUUGUUGCUGGAUUUGUCGUCUUCUCUGUACUUGGAUUCAUGGCUCAGAAACAAGGUGUUACUGUCGACACUGUGGUCGAAUCAGGUCCAGGUUUGGCCUUCAUUGCUUACCCUCAGGCAACAGCUAUGAUGCCUUUCCCACAGUUCUGGACUGUCUGUUUCUUUCUGAUGCUUAUUCUUCUGAGUGUUGACACACAUUUUGUGACAGUGGAGUGUUUUAUCACCUCAAUAAGCGACUUGUUCCCAAAGUUGUUUCGUAAACCAGGAAGACAUGAGAUGCUCGUCCUUUUCAUCUGCUCAUUGUUCUUCCUCAUACAUCUGCUGUUAGUCACUGAGGGAGGGAUUUACAUAUUCCAGCUUAUUGAUUAUUAUGGCAUGACCAGAUCUUGUCACUAUUUCAUGGCUUUAUCCGAGUGUCUGGCUCUGGCCUGGACUUUUGGUGCUGAUCGUGUAAUUAACAUUAUUGAGGACAUGACAGGACAGAGACCAUGUGUUCUCUUUAAACUGUGCUGGAAAUACAUCAUUCCUCUGCUGUCAAUGAUUUCCUUAAUCCUGUACCUGGUUGAUUACAAACACCUCAGGAUUAAUGACUGGUACGUUUACCCUGACUGGGCGUAUGCACUGGGAUGGACCAUGACACUCUCCUCUGUCCUCAUGGUGCCACUGUGGGCAGCUGGACAGAUGUGUACGACAGCAGGAACCUUCAGACAGCGUUUGUCUGUCCUUUGUCGUCCUGCUGAAGACCCAACUCGGCAGAGGAGAGACAUAGGAGACGAGCAACCUGAAGAUAUCUGCAGUGACAACUUAGUGUCACCUGCACUGCAAAGUCAUAAUAACUAG